AUGCAGACGUGUGUGAGACAGUCAGACAGACAGACAGACAGACAAAUGGAGAAUGAGUCUCUGUGUUCCCACACGAGUGAGUGUCUGCGUAAGAAGAGGUUUCUGUGGCUGCGUGUUGCUUUCCAUCCCCGGGUCUCAGACGGUGACAAUGUGAGGGCCAUACCAUCAUCAGGCGCUGGCCCAGGGAACCGCUCGGGCUUACAGCCUCCAAUGACAGCAAUGGAUACCCCCAGAGGAAGGCCCACCAGCAACAGGAACCCACCUAUGAUCAAAGCACCAACUCAGGCCGGGAACUAUAUGACCCUUCCAUCUACUCUGGCUCAGGGUCUGGUGCAUACUUGGUGCUCUAAGAACGUUGCCUGCAUGAUCAUUCCUGAAGGAAUCUCUAAGCCCUCACUGGCAAAGCUGCGGUACGCUUGCAGCGCAGGCACUCGGGGAGCUGCUCCAUUCCCCCUCUUCCCAGCACCCCAGGACAUUUAUUGCAUGGCCCACCCUUCUAUCCAGCUGCCCAGAGCAACUGUUCAGAGUGAAAGGAAGCCUUUUGAUGUGCAGCGGGAGAAACCAACCAAUUGUGCAGCUUCAACAGAAAAAAUAUACAUCAGGAAAGACUUAAGAAGUCCUUUGAUAGCCACACCAACUUUUGUAGCAGACAAAGAUGGAACAAGGCAGACGGGCCUUCUUGAUCCAGGAAUGCUUGUCAAUAUCCAACAGCCUUUAAUACGUGAUGAUGGCACAGUCCUCCUUGCUGCUGACUCCAAGGCUGAGACAAGCCAGGGUGCUCUAGGCACAUUGGCAAACGUAGUGACAUCCCUUGCCAACCUCAAUGAAUCUCUGAAUAACGGUGACCCUUCAGAAAUCCAACAAGAGGACCAAUCAGCAAGUGAGAUCACUCGGGCAUUUGAUACUUUGGCAAAAGCUCUUAACACCACAGAUGGCUCUUCAACACCAAACUUAGCAGAUGGGAUGGAUCCUACAGGAGGAGGGAACAUUCAUGUCAUCAGUAGAGAUCAGUCAACACCCAUCAUCGAAGUAGAAGGACCCCUACUUACAGAUACACAUGUCACAUUUAAACUUACAAUGCCUAGCCCAAUGCCAGAGUAUCUCAAUGUACAUUACAUCUGUGAGUCAGCAUCAAGGUUGCUGUUCCUCUCAAUGCACUGGGCCAGAUCCAUUCCUGCCUUUCAGGCCCUCGGUCAAGACUGUAAUACAAGCCUGGUCCGUGCCUGCUGGAAUGAGCUCUUCACCUUGGGGCUGGCCCAGUGUUCCCAAGUGAUGAGCCUCUCCACUAUUCUAGCAGCUAUCGUGAAUCACUUACAGAACAGCAUACAGGAAGAUAAACUUUCUGGUGACAGAAUAAAGCAAGUCAUGGAACACAUCUGGAAACUUCAGGAGUUUUGUAACAGUAUGGCUAAACUUGACAUUGAUGGGUAUGAAUAUGCAUACCUUAAGGCUAUCGUCCUUUUUAGCCCUGAUCAUCCUGGUUUGACCAGUACAAGCCAAAUAGAAAAAUUCCAAGAGAAGGCACAGAUGGAGUUACAGGAUUACGUACAGAAAACCUAUUCAGAAGACACAUACAGGCUGGCUCGGAUUCUUGUUCGUCUCCCAGCACUUAGAUUGAUGAGCUCCAGUAUUACUGAAGAACUCUUUUUUACUGGUCUCAUCGGCAAUGUUUCAAUAGACAGCAUAAUCCCCUACAUUCUGAAAAUGGAAACCGCAGAGUACAAUGGCCAGAUAACAGGAACGAACUUAUAGUGGGAACAACACAACUUCAUGGAUCAAAAUAAUUUUCAUAGAACCAGUAACCACACCAUUAAGAUAUAAAGAAAAUAAAAAUAGUGAUAUUUUGGUAUGUACAGAUAUUUCCCGUAUGUUAACCAUUUCCUACCUGAUUUCUUCUUGUCUAGGAGGCCCCAACAGUAGCUACUGAAAGCCUAGGCUCCUUUUCUGCCACAAGGAAUAUUUUAAUGACUUUUGAUUUCAAAAAAAACAAAUAAGGUGUCAGAUUUCUGAGUGACCUUUUAACUCACUUUUUU